AUGGAAUAUAAAAAACUUCUUAUUGCCAAAAACGAAGAAGAUACGGAGUUGGCGGCAAAAGGAACAAGUGUAUAUGAUGCAUCACCAGAAUGCAAGUCUCAAUCAGAGAAUAAAAAUCAUAUUAAACAAUCUGCUCGUCAAGAAGCAGGAUCCCUAAUAACUAUCAUUAGUAUUACAAUAUGGGUUAUUUUUAUUAAAAAGGCCGAAACAACAAUUAAUCCAACCACAACUACAACUACAAUUGGUGUAUCAACAACAAAAAUAGCUAUGCCUACAACGUCGACAAUGGAAACAACAAUGCUUACAUCAUUGAUUGAUUCUCAUACAACAACAAUGAAUGAACCAAAACUCAACAGAUGGAAACAAAAUGCCAUCACUGUGGCUGGUGGAAAUGGACAAGGGCAAGAAUUAAAUCAACUUAAUUGGCCGGAAGGAAUCUUUAUUGAUAAAAACAAAAACAUUUUCAUUGCUGAUUAUUUUAAUCAUCGUAUUGUGGAAUGGAAAUGUAAUGCAAAACAAGGACAAAUCAUUGCAGGUGGAAAUUAUGAAGGAAAUCAAAUGGAUCAAUUGAAUAGUCCAAGAGAUGUGAUAAUUGAUGAACAAAAUCAUUCAAUCAUCGUUGCUGAUCAAGGGAACAGCCGAGUGAUUCAAUGGUUGAAUCAAACUCAGCAAAUUCUCAUUCACAAUAUUAACUGUUAUGGCUUGGCAAUGGAUAAAUAUGGGUUUCUUUAUGUUUCUGAUUGGAACAGGGAUGAAGUAAGACGAUGGAAAAUGGGAGAAUACAAUGAAGGAAUUGUAGUGGCAGGUGGAAAUGGAAAAGGAAACAAACUUAAUCAACUCAAUUUUCCUACUUUUAUCUUUGUUGAUGAAGAUCAAUCUGUUUAUGUAUCAGAUAGAGAGAAUCAUCGUGUGAUGAAGUGGAAAAAAGAUGCAAAAGAAGGAACAAUUGUGGCUGGAGGAAAUGGUCGGGGAGCAUAUCUCAAUCAAUUGUCUGAACCUGCAGGAGUCGCUGUUGAUGAUUUAGGUCACAUCUAUGUGGCGGAUUGUAAUAAUCAUCGAAUAAUGCGUUGGUGUGAAGCAAAAGAAGAAGGUGAAAUUGUUAUUGGUGAAAAUGUUGAAGGAACUAAAUCAAAUCAAUUGGAUCGUCCCCGUGAUUUAUCUUUCGACGAUGAAGGGAAUCUUUAUGUUGCUGAUGAUUGGAAUCAACGAAUUGAAAAAUUUGAAAGAAUUUUAUGA